GCUAGGUGUCUUUAACGCGCGCCUGUGGUGGGAAAAUGCACACAUCUUCCUUAACAGACCCACCAAAUCUCCUUCUCCUUCUCGCGUCGCUAGCUAGGGUUUAAAGAGUCAAUUCUCGUUUCAAUUAGGGUUUAAGGUGUCAAGAGAAGAACUGUGACUGACAAAAUGCCGGUGUGGAGACUCUGUGGCUCUCUAAGAUCAGCGGCCAAUGCUAAAAUCCACCCCGCAGGGACGAAGCUGGGCUUCAGGUAUAUGUCCAAGACCUGCAGAGCUGUGGUUUUGCCUCGGUUCGGCGGGCCGGAAGUGCUCCAGAUCCGUACGGGCGUCGAAGUUCCCGAUCUGAAGCCACGUGAUGUGCUCGUCCGUGCACGUGCUGUCUCAAUCAAUCCGCUCGAUACGCGCAUGCGAUCUGGUUAUGGACGUUCCAUAUUUGAACCACUUUUGCCACUGAUUUUGGGUCGCGAUAUUAGUGGUGAAGUUGCAGCUAUUGGAGCUUCAGUUCGGUCCUUCAGUGUUGGGCAAGAAGUUUUUGGUGCUUUGCAUCCAACUGCUGUGAGAGGUACUUACGCUGACUAUGCCAUUCUUGCAGAAGAUGAGCUUACAUCAAAACCACCUUCAAUAACACAUGUGGAGGCAAGUGCCAUCCCCUUUGCCGCAUUGACUGCAUGGCGUGCUCUAAAGGGUACAGCUAGGAUCUCUGAAGGACAAAGGCUGUUGGUGUUGGGUGGAGGAGGAGCAGUUGGACUGUCUGCAAUUCAGCUUUCAGUUGCUGCAGGGUGCCAUGUGUCAACUACGUGUGGAAGUCAAAGUAUUGAUCGAGUUUUAGCAGUUGGUGCCGAGCAGGCCAUUGACUAUACUGCAGAGGAUAUUGAAUUAGCAAUCAAAGGGCAGUUUGAUGCUGUUUUAGACACCAUAGGUGGGCCAGAAACAGAAAGAAUAGGCAUCAACCUUCUAAAGAGAGGUGGGCACUACAUGACCCUACAGGGAGAGGCGGCAUCCCUGGCUGAUAGGUAUGGAUUAGCAAUUGGGCUCCCUGCUGCUACAGCCGUUUUAUUGAAGAAACAAAUUCUGUAUCGUUAUUCCCAUGGAAUAGAGUAUUGCUGGACAUACAUGAGGGCUGACCCUGAAGGUCUAGACGAGAUCCGCAGACUCGCCGAGGCCGGGAAGCUGAAGGUACCCGUGGAAAAGAUAUUCCCAAUCACACAAGUGAGGGAGGCUCAUGGGGCGAAAGACAAGAGGCUUGUUCAUGGUAAGGUAGUGCUGGAAGUUGACUGAGAACAUCAGGAACUUCAUCAUUCAAGCAAGAUAAAUCCCUCUGUAAAUAUAACUGCUCCUACAGAUGCCAUGCAUGAUAUCAGUUGGGCUCUUAAACACCGAAGCUCGCCUUCUGUAGGCUUGGCGUGGGAAUAAUUUUCUAAUUAAAGUGCCAAGAAAUUUCAAAGAAUUUGAAAAUUCAUGUAUUGGAUUUUUAGACGAUUCGUAUAAAAGAUUGCACUGUUGCUGAAUAAGAUGACCACCUUUGUAGAAAUAGAUGCAUACCAUUUAACAGUUUCUUUUCAUAUUUAUUAUUAUUAUUUUUCCUUC